CAGAGACACUCAGAGAUGGCCAGGGGACUAAUUCUGACAGGACUGCUGCUCCUGGUUUGGUGGCAGACGGAUGUACAAGCGCACACGUUGAGCAGGCACAGCUCUGACAGCAACAUGGCCAAGCUCAAGAGCUUGCUGCAGCAGUUUGAGGAGGCCCUGGCCACCGAAGAGGCAUCAGAGAGAGCCGUAGAUUAUGAAGACAGCAACACCGUGCUGGAGCAGAGCCCCCCUUCCACAUCCUGGGACAGAGACCGAGAGGAAGCAGCAGCUCCGGGGGAGGACUCCAACCCAUCAGAUGGAUUUGACACGCAGAGAAAUCGCCUGCUAGAUCUCCUAUUGUCGACCCGAAGCAAAAGCUUGUCUGGUUGUUUUGGGGGAAGGCUGGAUCGCAUAGGCUCUUCCAGCACCCUCGGUUGCAACUCUAAAAAAGGUUAGCUGCAAUAAGCGGAUACAGUGAUUAUCAAAUGACGGUAACACUUUACAAGGCCUAAUUUGUUAAUAUUAAUAAACAUGAACUAACGAUAUAAUACAUUUGUAAAGCAUUUAUAAACCUUGGUGUUAAUUACUAAUAAUUAAAUAAAGAGCUAAUAU